AUGAAUCAACUGCAGUCCUUUUCAUCCAUUUACAAAACUUUUUUCAAACGAAACGCAGUUUUUGUUGGUACUAUCUUUGCUGGUGCCUUUGUUUUCCAAACAGUAUUUGAUUCCGCGAUCACUUCAUGGUACGACAAUCACAAUAAGGGGAAGUUAUGGAAGGACGUAAAGGCUCGAAUAGCCGCAGGCAAUGGUGACGAUGAUGAUGAAGAUGAUGACUGA